GUGCCACGUAUCUCUACGCACGCACACGAAGGGGCAUGCAUCGUCAGUCUUCGAUAUCCCAUCAUGGACACAAAGCAAACGACGUCUCUGAUGACUUGCGCGACGACGCACACGCGAACGUGGCAGUCGGUGACGGCGGGGGUGUUUGCUGGCUGUGUCACACGUUCGUGCACGUCGCCACUCGAUGUGCUCAAGAUCUUGUUCCAGGUCAACGGAAUGAAAGGCGGGGGGUCCAUCAAAGCCACGGUCAUGCAUGUGUACCACUCGCGCGGUCCCGUCGGGUUCUGGAAGGGUAAUCUCGCGGGUUGCUGCCGCCUCGGACCGUAUUCUGGCGUUAAAUUUUGCCUGUACGACCAAUUGCAGUCUCUUGUUGUACACGAAGGCAGCCCCACGUCCGUGGAGCGCGCUGUGUGUGGCGCCGUCGCUGGCAUGGUGGCCACCAUGGUGGUGUACCCGAUGGAGCUCAUUCGCACACGACUCAUUGUGAACGCCCAACACACCACAAGCAUUUCUCGUGAAAUCAGGUCAAUCGUUCGACAUGAUGGAGUGAAGGGGCUGUAUCGAGGGUGUUUGUCAGGUCUUGUGGGGUCGAUUCCAUUUGAAGGCAUUCAAUUUGCGUGCUACGACUACGGCAAAAAGUACGCUGUCGACAACCGGUGGCCAUCGUGGCGGUGGCCCAACGACAAGACUCACCUGCACACGGUCGACCAUUUCGUCUUGGGCAGCUUUGCCGGCGCCGCAGCUCAAAGUGUUGCAUAUCCGUUCGACACGGUCAAGAAGCGCCUGCAGAUGCAGACAGCGACAGACAAGGUGUACGAUGGCAUCAUUGACUGCUUUCGAAAAGUCGUUCAGGAAGAAGGUACGAUCGGGCUUUACCGCGGAUCCUUGGCCAACAUGGUCCGACUCGUCCCGUACGCUGCUGUCAUGUUUGCGUCGUACGAAGCAGCCAAGGACUUUCUUCAGUCGCUGUGACUGAUGGACAUUGUUUAACUGCCUAUUUAACAACAAUUUUUC